ACCAUUUCCCUUUUUCUUCAAUUUUUAUAGAUGGAAAUCUCCGGUGAAGACGGUUCAAAAAUCUCAAUAAAACCCAAUUCUAAGACUGUGUUUGGAAGAGGUUCAGGGUUCAACACCAGAGACCGUACAGUCUCUCGCCGUCACGUGGUGUUUUCACUGAAAGACUCCGGCGAGACUGAAACGGGGCCCAGAGCUAGUUUCGAAGUGAUAGGGAAGAACCCCAUCUGGGUUCGGAGCGGAAAGAGCGGGAAAGUCGAGAUUUUUAGGAGGUUGGAGAAGGGUGACGUUGCGGCCGGUGAUUGGGUUUGUUUUGGCGGUCAAAGUGAAAGGCCGGUUUGGUUUGCUGUAAAUAGGAAUGAGUUUGAAGGGGAAGAGAAGGAUGAUAACACCGAGUCAAGUGAGUUGAGUUUGAAUUUGGACAGUGUUGAUGUGUCAAAUGUUGACCCUGUUAAAGAGUUUGGUUUUCUUGCGAUUGGGCAUGAGUUUGAUCAGUAUCCCAAGGGAAGGAUCUGUGAUAUAAGUAAAUGGGACUGGUUUGUUGAGGAACCCAGAAGAGAUAGCGAUGAAGACGAUGAGGCUUCUGAUAAAAGGAAGAAGAGGGGUGUGAGAAGAAACAGAGGGAAAUCUAAAGACAAUGGUGAUGAUGAAGAUGACUGGAUGGGAGAAAGCGAAGAAGAUGAAGAGCUAAUUACGAAAGUACAGAAGGUUCAGAGACCAACAUAUUCUACCAGAUCAAAGGACCGUGGCAAAGCACAACAGGGUACAAAAGAUAGCAAAAUUUUGGCACAAAAAAAUCCGACCCCUGCAAAGGGAGAUGAGACUGAUGACGAAGACGAUCCUACAUUGGGGGGCUUUAUACUUGAUGAUGAAGAUAUGGAAAUAGAUCAGGAAACUGAUACGGAUGAAGAAGAGGAAGAGGAAGAAUUUGAUGAUGAUGAUUAAAUAGAUGAUUUUGGAAAUUAGAAGUAGAGUAUAGUUUUUUGGAGUUAUGCCAGUAUGGUUACAACAUAAUAAUUCUUUCUUUAGUGGUUUGUAAGCAGAAACAUAAAAAACUAGCGUAGUUUACACGUGUAAGUAUAUAUAUGUAUUCUCUGUUAUGUAAAACAACUCUUUGGUUUGC